AUGCGUGUUCAGGUGCCCAUUAUUAUGACUGAGGCUUUGGCCUCGAGACAAAAGAGACGUUGCUCGUUGAGAGCAUCGCUCGCCUGCCAUUCCGACUAUGUGAUAAACAGCGAAGAUUUGUUUUUAGUAGACAAUCGCGUUCAACUUAGAGAAAACUUGUGGGAUGCGAAUGCCCUUAAAUGCUUCUUCUUCCUUUUCCAGUUAUGGUCACUCACAUCUGCUCUUGGAUGGGCAGGAUGGUCGCCGUGGACGCCAUGCAGCAGAACGGUAGGUGUAGCGAAUUACUUACGCAUGGUGAGAACUGGGUCCGUUGGGACAAUAGGUCGAAAGGCUGGAGUAGCGAAGAGAGCGGCUAUGAAUAGGAACUGGAGUAGGCCAAAAACUCCCUAG